UUGCUCAUUGGCCUGAUCAUUCUCUCAGCUCCCCCCAUGUGAAGAAACACGGCAAAACUGUGAUGGGAGCCAUCACUGAUGCUGUGGGCAAAUUGGAUGAUCUUAUUGGUGGACUGAGCUCCUUGAGUGAUCUCCAUGCCACAAAACUCCGCGUAGACCCUGGAAACUUCAAGAUUCUGUUCCAUAACAUCCUCGUGACUCUUGCAGUUAAUUUCCCAGAUGACUUCACCGCAGAAGUGCACGUGGCCGUGGACAAGUUCCUUGCGGCUCUGUCUGCAGCCCUCGCUGAUAAAUACAGGUAAGCUCACCAUUCCGGGGCUUCUCGUUGAUCUGCAAACAGAGGCACUUCAAAUAAUAAAGCUAAAAUAUCAGAUGUAAUUAAUAAAAUCUUUAAAAAAAAUAAAAUAAAAAAAGAAAAGCUGUGUAAAUAUUUUACUCGGUUAAAAGUAGCCUACAAGUGUCUGGCCAAAAACAUACUUGAGUGAAGGUAAAAUUGUACUUCAAAUACAACGCAAAAA